GUUAUUGAUUCUUUUUAUGCGCGACUGCUUGAUAAGUCGGGGUUUCCACUUUUGUAAAAACUGCUUAGGAUAUUUUGAAUAAUUAUUAUUUGUAUUGGUAUGUCUUGCUUGUAAAUCUGCUGUAAAUAUCAUCAAGCUUCAUCUUUCUACUUGGUUUAAAUAAACUUAUGAGCAUAAACAAUUCAUAUACAGAUCAAAGAUUUAUUUGGUUUAAUGUCUGUUGGUGGAGGUUUUGGAGAUAAUAUUUUAGGGAUGAACCAGUUUCAAGGCUCCUAUAGGAAACAACCGCAAGAUUUAUCACCAGGUGGACGAAAACCAAAUCUUGGCAGUGGAUUCGGACAUGGAAAACAAGGUUACAAAAUGGGAAUGUAUAAAGACGAAAAUGAAACUGAAGAAGAUUUCAACAACCCAUUGCUUAGCAAACCAGGAUUUCCGCAAAGACCCUCAGACAGAGAUAUCAGUCAACAAAUGUCACAGUUAAGUUUAUAUGGAUCCCAGUCAGAUCCGAGAGUUGGCACUUGGAAUGGUUCAGGACAAACCUUUGAUGAUCCACGGUCGGCUGCAUGGAAUGGUGGACAGUCGUUAGAUGACGUUUCAGCCGAUUUAUGGAGGUCGACUAGUCAGCCAGGAGGAGUUUUACCAAUGUACAGUUCAGGACAAAUGACACAAACAUCAAGAGGGCAGAUUAGUACAACACAGUUCUCGCGGAGUUUUUCUACGCCGCCGAUUGCAUCUGGAAGUGACAGGUUUGGCGGUUUAUCUGGUACAGGAAUGCCGCCUAUUUCUACUGGAUUUCACCACAGUUCAUCUUCUACAUCUGGUCAGACGUCUCCUGGCAGCAGGAAUGGUUUGCUAUCAAUGGGUGGACGAUCAACAAUUGGACAGCAGUUACCGUCAAGUCUUGCGUCUAAUUCACAGAGCCAAUCAGCAAUAAAUAACUCAAUACAAAAGACAGGAAGAACUGCAGGAUUACCCUCUGUUUUAAGCAGUGGCUCUCGAAGUUCACCAAAUUUAUUACCUCUUGGACUGACCCAGCCUGUACAUCAGCAACAAGUUUCACAAAUACAAACAUCAAAUCAACAACCGAACAGAGUUGGAAGUUUUGGAAGCUUAAGCAGCUUGUCCGGAGGCGGACCGUUGUCAGGAAUCGGAACAAGACCUUUCUCAUCAUCUGGUAGCCAGGGUGGUUUACUUGGCCAGUUACAAAAUGUAUCGGCAGGGCACGCGGUAUCAUCUUUACAAUCAACAAUGGCAUCAGUUUUCUCAGGGUCAUCAGACAAUCUUACACAGCCAAUCGGUUCAGGAAUCAGUAAUUUUGACGUAGACUUUCCUGCACUGGCAAACAGAGGAGCUUCAUCAUCAUCGUCACCCUCAAGUUCACAAAGUGCGUCACUGCCUUCAAGAACGGGCUACGGUGGUGCUCUUCAAAAUCAUGAUUUAGAAUCAUUUGUCAUGGUAACAAACAAAAGUCAAGACUCAGUUAGUGAGUUUCAAAUUCAAAAUGAAGACUUUCCAGCUCUCCCGGGAUCUUCGCAGUCAGAUUCUUCAUUACAUCAAGAAAACAAAUCACUGGUGUACCAGGAGUUACUAAUGAGCUCAGGAUCUUCUUACGAAAGUGUGGUAAAAGACGGCAGGCCUUUUAGUGAUAAAAAGUCAAGAACUCCAGGCUCUGCUGGGAUACAAACGAGCUCAUCUGGUGUUAUUACCAAUAUUCCCGUCGGAAUGGUUACUGAUCAGUUUGGUAUGAUUGGACUGUUAACGUUCAUCCGAGCAGCAGAAACGGAACCGAAUUUGGUCACUUUGGCCCUUGGAAGCGAUUUAACGACCCUUGGACUGAAUUUAAACUCAACAGAAAGCCUGUAUCAUACUUUUGGAUCACCCUUCUCAGACACCACGUGUCGACCGCAUGAAAUUGAUUUCUACGUGCCUCCAGAAUACUUAGUAAACACUACAAUCCGAGAUCGACUGGCGAAUAUACGACUAAAUCGAUACGGCGAGGAUUUGCUGUUCUAUUUGUAUUAUACGAACUGUGGUGAUAUUCUACAACUAGCCGCUGCAGCAGAACUAUAUUCUAGAGACUGGAGGUAUCACAAGGAGGAGAGAGUUUGGAUCACAAGAGCCCCUGGUAUGGAUCCACAAGUGAAAACAAGUUCAUAUGAACGCGGAAUGUAUUACUGCUUUGACUAUCAUAGUUGGCGGAAAGUUCCGAAGGAAUUUCAUGUAGACUAUGACAAACUCGAAGAGAAACCAACAUUAGGAAGUGUAGCCUGAAUUUCUAUCCUGAAAUUUAAAGAAGUAUACAGAUGUAAAUUGUGUCAGAAUAAAGCAUGAUAUGUCAAAAUUUAUGUUUA